AUGGAUAAAAUGCAUGCCACUAAAAAGAGGAAAAUAACUAGAGACUUGUAUGAUUAUUUGAAUAAUAUUGCUUAUCCUAAGCCUCCAUCUAAUAGUAGCCCUGAUAAAAAUGACAUACAUAAUAAUAACAGGGUUGAUGGAACCCACGACCAAGGGCAAGCUCGUUCUUUCAACAAUAUUAGUAACAAUGAAGGUAACGGGUUAAGACGUAGUGAAAGAAUUAUCAAUCGCAACAACAACACUAAUGAUACUAAUGCUAAUGAUAACUACCAUGAUCGACCACAUGUGGUUAACCCCAAUAAUGAGCAAAACAAUAGUGACCAGGGUUUUCGGACCGAUCGGUCUUGUCAACAGAACAACCGACGGACCAACCGCAAUCAAAGGAACAGGAGGAAACAAAGGAGGUGA